AUCGAUGACCUUCGCUCAGCCGCCGCCGCCGUAGACAUCUGUCAUCUACCAUAUCCCCUAUCCAUCGCCAUCACCUUCGCUGCAUCUCAGCACAACACCUCGCUACCCUCUUCAUAUCAGUUCGCCUUGCUAGCGCAAGCUCAAUACCCACACACAAGCAUCGCUACACACCCGUCACGUUGGCUUAUCUCAACAAUGUCGAAAAAUACCGUGAAUUCAAAUCAGGCUAGUCUUUUGCCCGCCGACGAGAGCGCUAUCGUUGGCAGUCGUGGGCAAUCCUCUACCUCCUCCAGCGCUUCCACCCCCGCCUUCCCUGCGUCCACGUCAUCCCGACGUGGACAGUCUACCGCCGUGAGUGGUGGGUUUGACGUGACUUCCGCAGAAAUGCCUGGUACUCAAACACCAGGUCGACGUGAGCCUGUGAGAGGGGACACGUCGCACUCAACAACAACAACAUCGUCAUCAUCAUCAUCUCCUACCUCGCCGUCGUCAUCGAGGAAUCUGCGAUCAGCUGGAGCAGCUUCCGCUGCUCCUGCUGCUCAAAGCGGAGAAUAUGAGAUGCGUACGCAUACUAGUCCUCGCCAAGAGUCUACUCCAAGAUCAAACCGACCACGAGUCGCCCUGACUCCGGCUGGUGCAGUCCCCAUCACGAAUCGAGCUUCGACGGCCUACUUUCCUCCCUCGCCGCCAUCGACUGUAGCUUCGGCUGAUUCGCCGCCUGCCUCACCCUUGGUCGAACUCGGCUCUAUGCAUCUUGUGGAUGAGCCAAUUCUGGAGGAGAGCUAUGCAGAGUCGCAAGAGAAUGCUCGAUGGUGGGCAGGCGCCGCAGGAAGGGGCCAAGUGUCGGGACAGGGGCAUGACGAAGACCGGGACAAGCUUGGAGAGAGUCGAUCCGAGCAGGAGAGUCGGGCCACUUCUACGAGAGGACCAAGUCAGCAGAGCUUCGCACAACGUCAGAAGGCAGCGGCAUCAAAUGCAUCCGCCGUCUACCCCACUACGUCGGACAUGCCUGACACUCCUAGACAGACGCCAACGGCAGUCUCACCUGCGGUCGUGGGCUAUGCACAUCACCCGACAGCCUCUGGCCAGCGAUUUUUCUGCUCUCUUUUUGAGGACUUUCCUCUUCAGAAGGGAGCAGAGCACGUCGUCGGAACAGCUUCGGACGCUGGCGUCGAUCUGGCCUGCGAAGGCUGGUCAGGCGCUGUCCUCGAUCAAUCGCGCCUUGCUUCGCAUGCCCACUCCUCUGCUGGCCCUCUAUCGAACAAUGCUGCCGGUCGAGCUCUCUUCACUCUGCUGCCAGCCGCUGCGCAAGCGGAGCGACUGCGAGAAGAGGUUUUGUCGAUCCUGGAUCUCGCGAGCGAGGAGCUCAAGUGCGAUGUCGUCUUCAUGGCAGUGGAUAGGAUCGGGAUGGAGGAGAGCGACUGGAAGGCAACCCUGCAUGGUCUUUGCUACGUAGGCGGAUCCGUCGUUGCCACUGGUGGUCUCAAGGGCAAUGCCGGCAAGGAGAAGCUGACUGGGUGCAAAGUGAGGGAGGGCAUGGUUCUAGUCGCUGUGGAGAUGUGA